AUGGCGAACAUGAGGCCUGUGGCCAGUGCAUGGCAGCAUCAAAGCAGUGGCAAAUUCUUGGAAGUGCCAUUCUGGUCCAAGAUCAUGCCCAGCAUCCUGAUCACCUUUGGACUCAGUGGCCUUGCCGUCUGGGCCAACAAGGCGAUCUUCAAUGUGCCCCCGCCCAGCCUGUCGCCGGAGUUCAAGGCGGAGGCGGCUGAGAAGGCCGGCGUCGUGGAGCGCAUCAGCGCGCCGCCGGUGUUCUCCAACCCCAUCAGGCGCGGCAUCCCCGGCAACAUCCGCGGCCCCGAGGACCUGUGA